AAUUUGGAACUUAAUGGGCCUUUGCGUCCUCCUUCUCUGAGCCUCCUUUUAUUCCAGACUUUUCAGUGUGAGUUUGUGCGUCCCUCCGACGGUCUCUGGGUGUGUCCUUCAGGCAGUAGGAUGCCUUCGACUGCCUGUCCCGUUUCUCAGGCUGACGCUCUCUCUGUCCUCCCCGCCUCCCCUCACUCCUUUUCUCCCUCCCUUUCUCCUUGUGGGGAGGCUCUUGGCCCGGGUCCCUGAGCCCGGGCGGGUGCUGGCAGAGGACGCAGAAGGGGUGAGGUCACGUCUCCCUUGAGCCCCGAGCCGCUGGCUUUUCAGAGCCUCCCCUCGAGCCGGCGGCCAGAGCCCCAGACCACACAGACCGUGCGCUCCUCCGCCCUCCCGGCACCGCCGGCCUCGCCCAUGUCUCAGUACGCCCCCAGCCCGGACUUCAAGAGGGCUUUGGACAGCAGUCCCGAGGCCAACACUGAAGAUGACAAGACCGAGGAGGACGUGCCCACGCCCAAGAACUACCUGUGGCUCACCAUCGUCUCGUGUUUUUGCCCUGCGUACCCCAUCAACAUCGUGGCUUUGGUCUUUUCCAUCAUGUCUCUGAACAGCUACAACGACGGAGACUACGAAGGAGCCAGGCGGCUUGGGCGGAAUGCUAAGUGGGUAGCCAUCGCCUCCAUCAUCAUUGGCCUUCUCAUCAUCGGCAUUUCUUGUGCAGUUCACUUCACAAGGAAUGCCUGAGGAACCAGCGGUCAGUGGGCUGUGAGCAUGGAGGAUGGACCUCAUCCACACACACCCAAAGGAGUUUCUGAGGAAUGGGUCCUCGACUUCAGACUGUGAGAUCUUUUCCUCCAGGACUCUCCAGAGGCAGGUCCCUGGCAAAUGAACAAGAAAAAAAAAAAGUCCAAAAUGUAGGAAAUCCAAGCUGCACAGCCGGAUCAGCCAAAGUCAUUGAUUUGUAAAAAUGAAAAGAAAACAGAAAAAAGAAAAAUGAAGCCUCACUGUCUCAGUUUAGCGAAUCCCGUUGUGUCCACUCCUCUCCUCCAGAGGCAAGCCUCAGGAAAUCACAUAACUUUUCACUGAGGGGAUCCAGGGGAUCUCCAUACAGGGGGAGAUGGAGGUUUCUAGGAAGACCAGCGGGUGCUGGUAUUUACGACGUUGAGCACAAACGUUUGCAGCAUGUUUAAAAUUGUCUAGUAGAGUUCAAGUUGUGGAUUUGCUUUUCCUUUUAUUCUUACAACCUUCAGUAACUCCUCCUCUGGGAGUCAGCACCCCCAUGCCCAGGGUUUACCCAUCUGGUCAUUAAACACUCAAAGAAGGGGCUUUUCUAGUCUUUUGUCUUGAUCCUUACAUUUCCAAAUAGGCCCCCUCCCUUGCUUGCAUCCACGUUGGUCGACUUGACCAAAACCUCACUCUUCACUCAAACAGCCUCUGAGAAUGGACUUAGUGGCCAAUUCUAGGUACACGAGCACUUCCUCUAUCCCAGUUUUGGGAAUAAACUGGCUGUAUUUAUAGAAUGUGCUUUUUUUUUUCUAAUUUCUCACUCUCCUCUCUCUAGCAAGUCUCAGGCAAGAUCUUUGAUUUUCCUGGAUGCCACCCAGAAAUGCCACCCAUUGUAUUUCUUUUCUGUCCAAUGUAAACCCUUUAGGUAUGAAUGUACUGGUUUUAAUGAUGCCAUUAUUCUGCCUGCCAGAACACGGCAACCCAGCGUCUCACAGAGCUCAAGGGGUGUGCCACUGCUGGCACACAAGAUAAUUUUUAAGUAGCUUCUAGGAACAACAUUAAGUAAUAUCAAAUCACAAAGAAUGUUUCCCCUUUUCUAUUCUUUUUUCAUCCUGAUUACAGCAAGGAAAAAGUCUCUGUUUAGUGCUAGCAAGUCCUUUAGACCUUUCAGACACUACGGCUCUUUCCCUUUCUUAACAAAGAAAGAGCAGGUCUCAGGUUCGGAGUCUUCUGUCUAGAAAGAAUGUAAUGAUAUUGUUUUGUGUCAUGGUAUUUAUUUUAUUUAUUACCUUCCAUUUACAGCUUCCCACAGUGGGAGAUAGGAUAUAUUGUUUCUGUUCAAAUAAAUUAACUUAAGAAAAAUAGGAGAA